CCAAAUUCUGUGACUAUUUUGGACGGAAACUUGGGUGAUCGGUCUAGACUUUACAGUUGAGAGACUGCGCUGUGAUAGAAGAAUAAAAACAAAGGACGGACUGAAUCUGGACUAAAUCAUGGCCGAUUUAAAACCCGGUGACUUUGUGACCCUCAGCGUCGGAGGGGUGCCGUACACGACAACCGUGCUGACAUUGACAUCAUUCUCAGACUCCAUGUUAGAAGGGAUGUUCAGCGGCCGAAACGAAGCCAAGCUGGAUGAGGUCAAAGGUCACUACCUUAUUGACAGGGAUGGUGAACUUUUCAGGUAUGUUCUUAACUUCCUGCGGAAUCGAACUCUCGGUAUUCCUGAAGAUUUUAAGCAACUCCACAUGCUUCUCUUGGAAGCUGAAUUCUACCAGAUAGGACCAAUGUGUGAAGCCAUCCGGGAACUGCUGCAGAAACCUGACCCCGAGGUGAUCGAAGUUGAGGUUCGCUCUUUUCAGGAUUUCGAUGAUUGGAAAGGCGGUACCUGGUCGAAGGCAGAAACUAUAUCGUAUGAAAAAAUCCUGGAAAAAUGGAAAAUUGAUGGUCAAAACGAAACCCUCCGGAAGGUUCCUUGUCUCGUAAGUAUAAUAGACAACUUACAUGCUUCAUCGACCCCGCCCUCAUCGAGAGGCACAGAAUAUGAUAUCUUGCGACUGGAGGUUUUGGAACGUGCAUAUCGCCAGCAUGCAUAUACACCUGAGGAGUUUAAUCGCUUGAAGCUGUUCCAGGAGAUCGGACGACUUGGAUUUAGUCUCAAAGCAACAGAAACUCACUGGCCCAGACCAAUACAAAACUAUUAUCAGGCAAAGUGGCAACAAUGGAUAUUCACACGAGUAUGA